UUUGGAUGCUUUUUUAUUCCCCAUGUUGUUUUGCCAAAGCGUGUGACUUCAAUGCAAUAAUUAGUGUUUGUUGUUGAUUAAUUUGUUAUUUUGUUAUUAAUUUAUAGUAUAUUUAAUUAAUUAAUAGUUAAUUUAUUAAUUUCAUACUAUAUAUUUCGAGAUGGCUCGAAACGACAAAGUAAAAGUUUACAUCGGCGGCCUCAACGACGAAAUCAAACGCGAAGACCUAGAAAAAGAAUUCAAUCGUUUCGGUCCCACGAGCAACGUUUGGGUCGCCUUCAACCCGGCUGGGUUCGGAUUCGUCGAAUACGAUACUCGAGAAGAAGCCGAAAACGCCGUCGAACACAUGAACGGUAUCUCGUUUCUAGGCUGCGAACUCAAAGUGCAGCUUUCGCACGGCGGUAAUCGUGGAGGAAGGGGACGUGGUCGAGGCCGAGGAUUCCGUGGCGGCCGAGACGAUCGUGGCGGCGGUGGUUUCCGAGGUGGCCGAGGUGGUCCUUUUGAUGGUGGCCGAGGCGGCGGCGGUUUCAGACGUGGUGGUUUCGGUGGACCGAAAGGAGACGGGGAUGGUUUCGGAGGCCGAGACGAUUACAACUCCGGUUACAGAAGUCGAGAAAGAGGUGGCGGUAGACCAGACAGAUUCGGCGGCGGUGGACGAGGCGGCAGAGGGUCCAGAUUCGCUUCCGGUGGCCGAGGUGGUUUCGGCGGUUCGGGCGAUGAAUUCAAUGGCUCGGGACGUAGCGGAGACAGAUUCAGGAGCAGAUCACCCGGAUCUAGAAAACCGUUUAGAGAUGAACCUUCGGGUCGAGGACAUUUCCUCUCCGGUCCGGUCGACGAUGAUGGUUACGGAGGUGGAAGAGGCUUUGGUGGCGGAAGGGGUGGCAGAGGUAGAGGAAGAAGGCCCCCUCGUUAAGUUUUAUAUUAGUGAAUUCGAUUUGGUUAGUAUACCUUUACUGGUUAUUGCCAUUUCGCCUUUCUACCAUUAUAACGCUUUCGGCGAAUCGAUCAAAUGAAACGUAGAAAAGUCGUACUUUUACCGCAGCGUCGACCCUUUGUAAAUUUUUACAGUUUUUGCGAAAAACACAAGUCUCAACUUUUAAUUCAUUCCCCCACUGUGUAGGUACCUGAAUAAAAUGCUCGAAUACGUGAAAAUUUUCACUAUUUUUUUUAUCCCUUGAGACUCGCAUCGUUCACAUUCAUGAUUCAACCUACGAACGAUGUUUUUUUUUUGUAUUACGUCUCAUUUUAAACGUCUCUUGAAGAGCCCGCUAUUGUUUAUACGGGAUGUCCCGUGAGAUGCAAAUUUUAAUUUGAUGGGAAAUUGAAGGAGCUAAGUUUCUGAAUUCGUUCUAAGGGGAAUAAAUAUUGGGAAUUUUUCGUCAAGCCUUUCCACCAGGCGAACCGUAUCCCUCCCGAAUCAGUUUUCAUCCAAAUAUAAGUUCAUAAUCGCCAUUUUAGUCUGUACAGUCCAGUUAGCUGACUUUUUUUGUAGCCCGAGAAAUUCAGUUGGAUUUUUGUAGGUAUGGGUGUUGAAAGUCCUAAAAGACGUAUGUAGUUUGGAUUUUCACAGUGACACAUUGAGGGAGUUAAAGCCUCAAGACCUCGUGGCUCGAGCCCAAAAAUUUGUGUACAAGUCAAUACUAGGCAUUCUUCUCGCUCCGAAAGUAUGUUUUCGUCAACUUGCCAGUUGCACAAUGAGACGCUAGUGCCCCUUGAGUGUGAUUUUUGGGCGAAUUUAACCCAAAAAUGAUGAGUGUGGGCCUCUGGGGCCUUCAAAAAAAUUCAUACCCGUAUCAUGAAGGAGUUCGUUUCACAUCCACUGAGCCAAAGAUCGCGAAAAACGAUUUCCUCGAUGGGGUGCAGUCGAAUUUUAAAUCCGCGCCCCCUCGUCCCCCUCUCUAGCAUCGAGUAAAAAUGAACCGUGGUAAUAUUAUUGAAAAAUAACCUUGCGACCUAUCAAAAUAGGUUAAAAUUUCGCGAGAAAUACUAAUAUUCCAACGAAAAUAUUUUUUUUGGUAAUUUUUGAGCUAGUUAGAGUCCAACAUUGGAUCAUGAUUUUUGAGAUUUCUGAAAUAGUGUCAUGCGACCUAUCAAAGUAGGUUAAAAUUUCGCGAGAAAUUAAAAUAUUUCGACGAAAAUGUAUUUUGAAAUUUUUUGAAGAAUUAUGAACUCAAAAAUGAAGUCAUGAUCUCUUUGGGACUUAUGAAAUAGGCGUCAUGCGACCAUUUGAAUGUGUUGAAAGUUCAAAAGAAAAUAAAAAAUUUCUACUUGGUUUUAAUUCGAGUAGUUUUGAUGAAUUUUGAGACCAAAUAUGGAUUACGGUUUUCAAAACCAAGUUACCAAGAACAAGUAUUAGUCAGUGAAGCCUUUUUUAAAAUUAAAUUUUCCAAAAUGAAAAAUUUGAAUAUUUAAAUCUAUCAAGUAUUAGGUUUUGCAAAAAAUUGCGUUUUUUUAUCAAAAAUUACUCAAGUUGUUUGUUUGACGAAAAAUUUGAAAAAAAUUGUCCUUUUUUGUCUAUAAAAAAGUCCGAAAAUCUUAUUUGUUUUUCGAAAAUUGUGAAAAAGUCUCGAUUUCUUGGCUAAAAUUGUGAAAAAGCAUAGUUUUGUUUUGCCAAAAAUUUCCAAAAAAGUCUUGCUUUUUGCCAAAAAAUUUCCAAAAAGUCUUGCUUUUUGCCGAAAAUUGAAAUUUUUUUAAAUUUAUUUAUUUGUUUAUUUAGAAUUGCGAAAAGGUUUUAUUUUCUUGAAGUCUCGAUUUCUUGGCUAAAAUUGUGAAAAAGCAUAGUUUUGUUUUGCCAGAAUUUUCCAAAAAGUCUUGCUUUUUGCCAAAAAUUGAAUUUUUUUUUUUUAAAUUAUUAGAAUUGCGAAGAGGUUUUAUUUUCUUGAAGUCUCGAUUUUUUGGCUAAAAUUGUGAAAAAGCAUAGUUUUGUUUUGCCAAAAAUUGAAAUUUUCUUUAAAUUAUUUUUUUAUUUAUUUAGAAUUGCGACAAAGUUUUAUUUUUUUCCAUAAAUUUCCGAUGUCUCUGUGUUUUCUUAACUAAAAUUGUCACAGUCUUGCGUCCGGUCUAAAAUUGCAAAAAGUCUCGUCAUUCAUCAAAAUUACCUAAAAAUUUUCAAUUUUCUGUAGAAAAUACCAAAUAGUCUCACUUUUUUGCCAAUAAUUGUCAAAAAGUCCUGUUUUAUGUUGGAAUUGUCGAAGUUUCAAUUAAAUUUCAUUGUCAGAUUCUAAUUCGAACGUUUUGUUUAAAUUUAUCUAAUUGAAAAAGUUUUUCAUUUUUUGUGAUCAUUUUCUGUUUUGAAAUGUUUUGAUCAGGUUUUAUAAGUUUUUUGGUUCUUCUAUUAUUAAUUUUCAGUUACCAGUUUCUUUUUUUGAAAAAAAAUGACUAUGAGCCCUGUACCUACUCACUGAUUUUUUUCAUUUGUCAGCGUAUCAUGUAAAUGUUUCAUUACUUUUGUUUAAUUUUUAUCAGAAAUUUGUAAUUUUCUUGUACAAUAAUUUUAACCUACUUUAAUGGGAUAGGAAUUUCUUAUUUUCUGUUGAAAUUUUAACACAUUUUGAUACGUUGGUUGCGUGGCACUUUUUCACAAAUGUCGAAAAUCGCGAGUUUUUAGCGAAUUUCAGAUCUAAUAAUUUAUCAGAAAAUUUCAAAAUGAAUUUUCGUAGAUUUAAAAAAAAAAUUCUUCCAAAGUUUCAAUCCAUUUCGAGUAACGCAGCGUUUUUUCCAAAAAUCUCGAGAAUCAUAAUAACACGAUUUCGGCGCUCGUAAUUCUUCAUAAAUUCUCAAAAUACAUUUUCGUCGAAAUAUUUGAAUUUCUUGCCAAAUUUUGACCUAGUUUGAUUGGUCACAUGACGCUAUUUCAAAAAUCCCAAAAAUCGUGAUUGAAUUUUAGACUUAACUUGUCAUAAAAAAAAAAGAUCGAAAAAUAUUUCUAGUGAAAUAUUUGUACUUCUCGCGAAAUUUUAACCUAUUUUGAUCGGUCGCAAGGUUACUUUUCAAUUUGACUUUUAGUCUGUACCAGAGUGAUGAACCGGGGGGGGGGGAGGUGCGACUUUGAAAUUCGACUAUACCCUUUCGAGGAACCCAUUUUUUGCGAACAUUGGCUCAAUGAACGUGGAAUGAACUCCUUUAUACUAUGGAUAAGAAUUUUUUUGGGUCCCCUGACAUUGACGACGCCUGCGUAACUACAUAUUUUUGUGCUAAAUUUGUCCAAAAAUCACGCUUGAGGGACACUAUUGCCUCAUUGCGUAACUAGCAUAAUUGAAGUAAACAUAAAUAUUCGAAGUCUGUUGACUUGAUCUGUCAAAAAACUUUUUUUUGGACCGGAAUCAUUUCGAAAAUUGAGGGUAUUGCCCCCCCCCCUCCUCGCCAAUCUAUUUUGCAACAGCGAAAAUCCAAAUUACAUGCGUCUUUUUUGACUUAAAUAUGGUCCCUUAUCAUUCUACAAAAAGCCAACUAAAAUUUUUUUCGAUUUCUAGAACACUGUUUGGGUAGUCGGAGUGUAGAUAAUGUUCCUACGAGUAGAUCUACGUAAUACUCGAUUCUCGCAGGACACCCUGUACAUGUACCUAUUACUCGAGAAUUAUUCUGGAUUUUAAUCAACUCGUCUCUUCAAAAUAUCGCACACUUAUGUCAAUUUUUUUUCCUCGCGGCUUCAUGGUAUGACAUGCCGAAAUAGUCUUCGAUAUAUUGGGCUGCUUCUUCGAUGAUCAUUCUGCGUACACAAAUUAUGCCCAUGUUAGCAACCGAUGCCACCCAUUCGAGGCUUUAUAUGUUCAUUCAACGAAUGCGAACACCUUUUUUUAGAACUGUUUGGAAGGGAAGCUGUAGGUAUAAUUUUAUAAGACCUCGAAUCGAACGAAAACAACGUAGCAAUUUUCAUUCCUGCUAAUUAGUACACUUCAGCGUAUGCACACAUUUUACCAUGUUGUCAGUGCGUGUGUGCGUAUAUUUCUCAAUAUUUUAACCGAUGAUCAGUACAUAUAGUGUAAGGUAGGGAAAUCCGAGAAAGCACACACGUACCUCUACGAGAAGAAACCUACCAUGAAUGUGUAAUAACGACGAUGUUUUUGUGUUAUUUCAAAUGAUUUCAGUAUAUAUCAAUGAUAAUUUGUUCGCAACAACGCGCCGACUCGUGCUCUUCGACUAAGUACUCG